AUGCGUUCCGCUCUCAUUGUCUCCGCCCUUGCUGGCGCUGCUUUCGCCGAACACAGAUCUUUGAUCGGCCGUGAUGGCACCUGCAAGCCCCAGCCUGCCGGUUCUGGCCCUGUUGCCUCCCNNCCCGACACUGUCGAGGGCUUCUUCGAAAUCCCUGAGCUCCAAACUCUCUCAGCCAACGCUCCUACCCCUGAUGGUUACACUGCCGCCUUCACCGGCUUGAACGCUUCCCUCAACGCCAACAAGUACAUGGGUCUGUGGACUCUCACUGCAUACGACACCAUUGGAUGCGCUUCUCUGUGCGAUAAAACUUCAGGAUGUCUAUCCUUCAACAUGUACAGCGAGCGUGACCCUACUCUCGACCCCAACCACACCAACUGUCCCAACCCUCAGUCUCUUACCAACUACAAGUGCACUCUGUGGGGUGCUGGUGUCUCUGCUUCUCAGGCCAAGAACUUUGGCCAAUGGCGCAACGAUUUUCAGGUUUUGAUUACAGGUAGCAAUGCAUACAAUGCCCUACCUGGUCCUAACGGCGUUUCUGGAUACGAAGCACCUAUUAAACUCGGGNGUGCCAUUAAUGCUCCGCUCGACAGCCAGAAGCACGACACCUACAUGGGCGUUCGUUACUACCCCUUCAGUGAGGACCAGGAAUACGACCCCAGCGUUUGCGCCACUGCCUGCACUUCCCAGACUGCCUACAACAAGGGCCACCCUGCCAGCGAUGGUUCAUACCAAACCUGCCGCUUCUUCAACUCCUGGAUCCAGAGCAAGGAUGGUGUUGCCUACGAGCUUCACUGUGGUCUUUACAACCAGACCUGGUCUCCUCAGUACGCCACCAACUACGGCCAGUACCAGGAUAACAGCCGCAUCACUGUUUCCAGAUCUUACAGCUACACUCUUUCUGAGGUUGCUGCUUAA